AUGCAAGCUGGAAGUGGACUGCAAAAUAAUUCAGCAAGAAAGAAGUAUCAGCUACCUGGGAGUGCUAAUGCACAGUUAUGGAGGUUAGUAAUGUCUGAUAGCACUAGUAAAGGCAAAUCAUACAAAAAGUGCAUCAAAUGCGGUGCCGAUGAAAGAAAAGCUACGUCGUAUAAAAAAUUCAUUGUGUCUGAUUCUUUAGCCAAUCAAAUAAACCAAGUUUUGAAUCUAAAUAGUGCACUCGGUGAUUACAUCUGCAAAUCUUGUUAUACAACGUUUCAAUUUUUAAACCCAAAACCAAAGGAACAACAGGAUUCAUCGCAACAAGAACAAUGUUCACAAACUGCUAAUCGACAACAUUUAAUCGACCAAACCGCGCCGGUUGCCAAAAUAUUGUAUGAUAUUCGGGGCGACCAGCUAGGUCUCGUAUGUGAUGGCACAUAUCUCCGUCACGAGAAAAGCAGUAAUAAUGAAUAUCAAAGAAAAUCAUACUCUGGACAAAAAAAAGCUCCUCUGUGUAAACCUUUUACAAUUUGCACUACCAAUGGCUACAUCAUAGACAUACUCGGCCCGUACUAUGCAACUGACAACGAUGCUAAAAUUCUUGAGAGUAUUCUCAAUGACCCAAAUGGAUUGAUAACGCUUUUGCAGGAAGGAGAUAAAUUUUUUUUGGAUAGAGGGUUCCGCGACGUUAUACAAAAACUGUCAAACCUUCAAUUUCAAGCACUGAUGCCUGCAUUAAAGGGAAAAAGGAAGCAACUCACAAGUAUAGAAGCCAAUGAGUCACGUAUGGUUACAAUGGUUCGUUGGGUUGUCGAAGCUGUACAUGGUGUAAUAAGCCAAAAGUAUAAACUUCUGCAUAAUCAGUUCGAUAACAAGAUGAUUCCCAACGCAGCUCUAUAUUGUAAGAUAGCGGGUUUUUUGAUAAACACAUUUGGAAAGAGAUACGUUUCCGAAGUUUCAAGUAAAAACGAAAUAAUUGCACAAAUCAACAAAAUAAAAAGUUUAGAGAAUACGUUGCUUCAAGAAUGUGAAGAAAAUAGAUGGGGUAGGCGGAAAACUUUAUUUCAACCACUCCAGUCCAAUGAUGUUUUAGAUUUCCCCGAAAUGACAGAACAAGAUUUAAUAACUUUCUUCACAGGUACAUAUCAACUGAAACAAUCAAUUUCAUAUUUGGCCGAGUUAAUUACUGAAGAUAAUAAAGUGGAUCUACAGUUCUUGAAAGAAACUGCAGACAUAAUUAAAAUUCAAGUUCGUUCGAGACAUAUAAAGGCUAAAACAUACAACUGUUACAUUCACUAUCAGCCUCAUUCAAUUGGUACCAGUGGAAUCAAACGCCAUUAUUGCGAUUGCGCAAAUCGUGCCAGAACAAUAGGAUGUUGCUCACAUGUAGCCGCUAUCAUCUACUACUUAUCAAAUGCAAGAUAUCUAGCUAAAAUUGUAAAUCCAGCAAAAAUACUAACAAACAUAUUUGAUUCCAAUGUUAUACCUGUUAUAAAUGAAGACAGUGAUGAAGAUUGAAUGCAAAAACGAUAUUAAACUAUUGCAACAGGGCCAUUUCGCUCCCUACAAAAAAUAUAAAUUACGAGGUCAAACAAUUAUUUCGACGUAACUCUCCAAUGCUCAAUCAAUAGUGUCCAAAUAGUGUUCCGUCAUCAUCUAGUAUAACAUAGAACAAUGUCCAAGUGGCUUGGUCCCGGCUAGGAUUUGUAACAGUUUCUAGCAUCGGCGUCGACUGUAUAUUCAAUUUAUGUAUUAUAAUAUUAUGUAUAUUGUUGCACUUAUGUAAAUAACUUCAAUAAAUAUCUUUUUUAAAAUACUGUUAUAACUAAUACGUACUAUUAAGUGGGUUCUAUAAUAUUAUUAUAGAAUGUAUUCAUUAUGUAUAUCGUUUAUAAAUAUACAGGGUGUUUCAUUAAUAAUUAGAAAUAUUUUAAUAGUAGAUUCUUGGGCUCAAAAGAUUAAGAUCCAAUAACCAAAUACCCAAAUCACUUAAAUAAAAUGUGGCUAGUUACAAGGUGUUUUAUUAAUCAAUUAAAAAAUUAUAUUUGUACCCAGUACUUUAAGAUUGUUUGACAUAUCCUUGUCAUAUUUGGCAGCAAGUGUAGGUACUAUACACCCUACUAAAUUAUGUUAAACAAAUGUUUCAGGCUACUACCAGAGGCGUACGACAGGGGAGAAUGAUUGGUUGACCCUUCCUAAAUUCUACGUCACUGGCGGAAUUGCUAUUUUAGUGCAAUUUUUCGAUUCUCCAAUACUUUGUAUGAAAAUAAUAUAUUCUUAAUUCGUAACGAUAAAAUCGUUAGUUUUCGAGAUAUCUGAAGUUAAAAUGAAACGCAGAGUUUUUUUGAGUAAUGCAUUAUAUCCCUUCGGUUUUAACUUCAAAAAUCUCUUAAACUAAUGAUUUUAUCGUUAAGAAUGAAGAAUAUAUUAUUUACAUAGAAGGUAUUGAACAAUCUAAAAAUUAUGCUAAAUGCGCAAAAUUUUUUUUCUGAUUUUUAAUACUGGAUUUUCUUCAAAAAAUACCCGAAAAAAGCGAAAAAAUGCGGUUUUUCAUUUCUAAAGGUACGUUUCACCAAUUUUAAAAAUCUGAAAAAUUUCAGGGUGAAAGAUUGUGCAAAAAUACACAU